GUUCUAGUCUAUCUCUUUCCUAUAUAUGGAAAGUUAAAAAAUCAUCAUAUAAUAAUCCAGAAAUUGCAAUACAAAAGAAAAAGGGAGGUUUGUGAUGAUUUUUCAAUCUUUUCUACUAGGUAAUCUAGUAUCCUUAUGCAUGAAGAUAAUCAAUUCGGUCGUUGUGGUCGGACUCUAUUAUGGAUUUCUGACCACAUUCUCCAUAGGGCCCUCUUAUCUCUUCCUUCUCCGAACUCAGGUUAUGGAAGAAGGAGAAGAAGGAAUCGAGAAGAAGGUAUCAGCAACAACUGGUUUUAUUAUGGGACAGCUCAUGAUGUUCAUAUCGAUCUAUUAUACGCCCCUGCAUCUAGCAUUGGGUAGACCUCAUACAAUAACUGUCCUAACUCUACCCUAUCUUCUGUUUCAUUUCUUCUGGAACAUUCACAAACACUUUUUUGAUUAUGGAUCGACUAGCAGAAAUUCAAUGCGUAAUCUCAGCAUUCAAUGUGUAUUCCUGAAUAAUCUCAUUUUUCAAUUAUUCAACUAUUUCAUUUUACCAAGUUCAAUGUUAGCCCGAUUAGUCAACAUUUAUAUGUUUCGAUGCAACAACAAGAUGCUAUUUGUAACAAGUAGUUUUGUUGGUUGGUUAAUUGGUCACAUUUUAUUCAUGAAAUGGGUUGGAUUGGUAUUAGUCUGGAUACAGCAAAAUAAUUCUAUUAGAUCUAAUAAGUACCUUGUGUCAGAAUUGAGAAAUUCUAUGGCUCGAAUCUUUAGUAUUCUCUUCUUUAUUACCUGUGUCUACUAUUUAGGCAGAAUUCCGUCACCUAUUUUUACUAAGAAACUGAACGAAACUCCAAAAAUGAAAGAAAGUGAGGAAGAAACAGAUGUAGAAAUAGAAAAAACUUCCGAAACGAAGGAGACUAAACAGGAAGAAGAGGGGUUCACCGAAGAAGAUCCUUCUCCUUCCCUUUUUUCGGAAGAAAAGAAGGAUCCGGACAAAAUCAAAAUGGAUGAAAUGGGGAAGAUCCGAGUGAAUGGAAAGGACAAAACAAAGGAUGAAUUUCACUUGCACUUAAAAGAAGCAUGCUAUAAAAAUAUCCCAACUUCUUAUUCUGGGAAUCAAGAUAUUUCGAAGUUCGAAAUACUUAAACAAGAAAAUAAAAACCUAUUCUGGUUUCAAAAACCCCUUCUUUUUCCUUAA